CUCUGUGCACGCCGGGGUGUGACGUAAAUUCCGCUAAAAGGUCAGGAUGGUUGUAAACAUCCGGUAGCUACUGAACGCGUACGCUGAAUCACUUCUCCGAUCUAUUUAUUUAUUACUUUUGCACCUUUUCUACCCACCUCGUGUCCUUCUACCCACUCCUCCUCCUGUCGAUUACAUAUCCUAAACAUGACAUGUAAACGCACAAAAUUAUCUUUUCAACAACGUACGGACAGCAGGUCUAACCACCACUGCUGUGUGCCGUUCUGCACAGCAUCAUCUAGGUCCAACUCUCACCUGAGCUUCCACACCUUUCCAAAGGACUCCGAAUUGCAGAAACAGUGGGUUGUUAAGAUCAGGAGAGAUCAUUUUAUCAUAACAAGUACUUCUCGAGUGUGCUCGCGACACUUUGUCACUGCUGAUUUAAUCGAGCCCCCCACUCCUGCUGGACGACGACGCCUAACACCCGGAGCUGUUCCUGUGCUUUUCCAUUGGAAUAACUACAAUAUCCCAACCGCAAGACCUGGAGUAUGGGAAAGAACAGAGCGUCCACCCAACACCGAACCAACAGAGAUGCCGACUGACCCUGAUGACCCAUGGCCGUGUCAUGAACAUGACUACUGUGCCAGUACUGAGCCUGCUGCCCUUGAUAUCUCCCUUAACGAAAACGAAGAGCUACGCGAGGAGAUAUCAAGGCUCAGAAAACAAGUCGAGGAGUUAACCAUCAGCAGCAGGUUUGGUUUGGAGCGGUUUGCUGCCUCUGAUGAAGACAUACGAUUCUUUACCAGAUUUGCAACUCACGCCCACCUGAUGGGACUUUGGAAGCAAAUAGAGCCAGCCACCCUCAACAUUGUACGGGUUACAAGAGCUCAGACUGCAGUGAAGACUGAUCAAGUCCCUCACUCUGCAAGUGCAACGGUUCUUCAACCAAUUGAUGAGUUCUUCCUGUUCAUGAACUACCUGUCAUUGGGACUCAUGCAAAAGGAUUUGGCCCAUAGAUUUAGAAUACACCGGUCAACUGUUAGUCGCAUUGUUAACACCUGGGCCAACUUUCUUUAUACUGUAUUAGGAGCUGUAGAUAUUUGGCUAGAUGGGGACACUGUGAAAGCUCACCUUCCAGAGGUGUUUCAGGAAUACGCUGACACUCAAGUAAUUUUAGAUUGCACAGAACUGAGAUGUCAGACCCCAAAUUCCCUUCUCCUCCAGAGCGAGGUGUUUUCCACUUAUAAAUCACACUGUACAUUUAAAGGGUUGAUUGGAAUAGCCCCUCAUGGUGCAGUGACCUUUGUAUCUUCUCUUUAUCAAGGUGCCAUCAGUGAUAAGGAGAUCUUAAAGCAGUCUGGCAUUGUGCCCCUCCUUGACUCAUCUAUGGCCAUUAUGGUAGACAAGGGUUUCCUUGUUGAAGACUGCGUACCAUGCAGAGUGCACAUACCCACUUUUUUGGCAAAGAGAGCUCAACUGUCUAGGUCUGAGAUCAGACAGACCCAGUCCAUUGCAAGACUGAGAGUCCAUGUUGAGCGUGUGAUCCGCAGGGUCAAAGAACAUAAAAUAUUCAGCACAGUGAUCCCCCUUUCAAUCACAGGCAGCAUAAACCAACUUUUUGCUGUUGCCUGCCUUUUGGUGAAUUAUCAAAAUGGUCCCUUGGUGAAAGCUUGGGCAAGCAAUUGCUAAUCUCAAUACAGAUCAUACAUAUGAUAAUGUAAUGUGAAUGUACAGGGCCAUCUCAAAAAAUUAGAAUAUCUUUGAAAAGUUACUUUAUUUCAGCAAUUCAGUUAAAAUGUUGAACUCAUAUUAUAUAGAUGUAUUACACACAGAGUGAUCUAUUUUAAGUGUUUAUUUUUUUAUUGGUGAUUAUGGCUUAAAGCCAAUGAAACCCAAAAAUCAGUGUCUCAGAAAAUUAGAAUAUUACAUAAGACCAAUUGAUACUUUUGGCAGUGUGGGCAGUUUGCUAAGUCCUCCUGGAAAAUGAAAUCCGUGUCUCCAUAAAAGCUGUCAGCAGAGGGAAGCAUCAAGUGCUGUAAGAUUUUGUGGGAAAACACUGCACUGACUUUAGACGUAAUAAUAAAACACAGUGGAUCAACACCAGCAGGUGACAUGCAUCUCCAAACCAUCACUGAUUGUAGAAACUUCACACUAGACCUCAAGCAGCUUGGGCUGUGUGUCUCUCCACUCUUCCUCCAGACUCUGAUCUCUUAAUUUACAAAUGAAAUGUAAAAUUUACUGAUGAUCAGUGAUGGCCCUGUAAUGUGAAUAGUUCUGUGUAGUUACCUGUAUUUUCUCAAACCAAAA